AGAAUAAAACAAAUACGCGUUCUGACAUGUGUUAUGUAAUAAUCUGUUUGUACGCAGAGUGUAGUUACAUGUUCUAACUGCAGCUGUACAUUCACACAGUACGCUGUUUGUGUUGAAUUACGGUCCUGAAGGAAGAUUAGUGCUGGGACCAUGAGCUGGACAUGAGCUGGACAUGAGCUCAGAUCUUCAGGCUUGCUGAUGUUUCUGGAGGAAUUAUAUUUGUGAAAGGAUAAUGACAGAAGCAAAGAAGAAUACUGGGCCAAGAAAACGUUGCUCAAGAUUACAUGCCUUGAGCAAUCUCUAACCACUCUGGGAACUUUAACUGUAAUGCGACAUAAACAUGUUGCAAACAAAAGUGUUGUACUAGUCGUUUAGUUUCCAUGAGAAUUGAUAGCCACCAGUAGACAUUCACACUUGUGAAGAAAAGAGAAGAAACACAAUGUACCAAGUAGUACCUGGAGGAGCUGGGGGCACGAUCACGGAAGGGGUGCCCCUUAAAAAAACAAACAGGCAAAGUCGUCCACUAGUAGGUGCUGGAGUUCUGGGUCUGGUCCUGGUUAUCGCUGCCGUAGCAGCGUGGUGUUACUAUAUCGCCUCCCUCCGCAAAGCCGAUCUCUUAAAGACAGAGUUGUUGGACCUUAAUAAGGAUGGCUUUCUCAUCCGCAACCAAGCUGGCGGGAUUGUGUUCAAGAUGGCUUUCAGAUCUGGAACCCUUGAUUUGGACUCAUGUUCUAAGGAGGAUGUGAUUCUGCGGUGUUCACACUCCUAUGCUGGCAAAGUGAAUUUCUUCAUAAUGACUGUGAAGCCCAAGGAGACUGUAAUGUGCUACCGUGUGAGGUGGGAGGAGCUGGAGUCGGACCGACCUGUAAUGCACGCCAUGUCUUACAACGGCUCUCACUGGUAUGGUGGUUCCGAAUCUGCUGUCCAGCACUGGCCCAUUGCCAUCUCGGGUCAGCAAGCGCCCAAGCCCUUUGUCACCAGUGAUGUUUAUUCAAACCGCAAUGACUUCGGUGGCAUUUUGGAACGCUACUGGCUCUCGUCCAAUGCCACUGCCAUCAAGAUCAAUGAUUCAGUGCCCUUUCACUUGGGCUGGAAUGACACAGAGAAGUCAUUGUAUUUUGAGGCACGAUAUCAGGACAGUCCAUAUAAACCCCUUCCUGGAAUGCCACCAUAUGCUGAGCUUAGCUAUCGCGUGUGUGUGGGCCCUGAUGUGACCUCGAUCCACAAGGUCAUGGUCCGCAGGUACUUCCCCAAACCCAACAAAGUACCCUUAGAAGCAAUGUUCCGAUAUCCUAUAUGGUCCACCUGGGCUUUACAUAAAACUGACAUUAACCAGGAUAGACUUUUGAAAUAUGCAGAAAACAUACGAAAACAUGGCUUUAACUGCAGUCAAAUAGAACUGGACGACCGGUACACCAGCCGGUAUGGUGAGUUUGAUUUCGAUCCUGAAAAGUUUCCUAAUGCGUCUUUAAUGUUCCAAAGGUUAAAGGCGGAUGGCUUUCUGUUGUCAUUAUGGACACAUCCCUUUGUGAACUACGAAUCAUCCAACUUUGGCCUGUGUGUCCAGAAAGGUCUUUUUGUGAUGGAGCCCACUGGACAACUUCCUGCUUUAGUGCGAUGGUGGAAUGGCAUUGGUGGCAUUCUGGACUUUACCAACCCAGAAGCUCGCAACUGGUUUACCUCCCAUCUGCGAGCAUUGCGUUCCAAAUACGGUGUGUCAUCCUUCAAGUUGGAUGCGGGUGAAACAAACUUCCUGCCCUGGCAUUUCCGGACGCAGGUCUAUCUUCCAGAUCCUAGCACAUUCACGCGCCGGUACACAGAAAUGGCCCUGCCAUUCAACGAACGAGCAGAGCUACGUUCAGGCUAUGGCUCACAGAACAUCUCCUGUUUCUUCCGCCUCAUUGAUCGUGAUUCGGUUUGGGGCUACGAGCUUGGUCUCAAGUCCAUCAUCCCUACGGUCCUCACCAUCAGCAUCCUCGGCUACCAGUUUAUCCUGCCUGACAUGAUCGGGGGCAACGCGUACAACAACCGAACUUAUGGGAACGGAAAGCUCCCUGACCGUGAGCUUUACAUACGCUGGCUUGAGCUUUCUGCCUUCAUGCCAGCCAUGCAGUUCUCCAUCCCACCAUGGGCAUACGAUGAUGAGGUGGUAGCCAUCGCUCAGCGCUUCACAGCACUCCAUGAGACAUUGGUGGCCCCCAGAGUUCUGGAGCUGGCAGGGGAGGUGCUAAAUACCGGUGACCCCAUCAUCCGUCCUUUGUGGUGGAUAGCCACUGGUGAUGAGACGGCCUACAGAGUGGACUCGCAGUUUCUCAUAGGAGAUGACCUUAUGGUGGCGCCAGUGCUGGAGCCUGGCAAGCAGGAACGGGAUAUCUACCUCCCGACUGGCCACUGGAGAAGCUACAAGGGCGAGCGCUAUGAUAAUAAAGAACCUAUGCAUCUCACAGAUUACGCUGUGGAUCUCGAUGAGAUUGCAUAUUUUCUUUGGGUUCAGUGAUGCUAUUACAAUUGUUACUAUUUUUUUUUUCAGGGGAUGAGCAUUAUAUACUUUGCAUAAUCGCAUAUUCAGGGCUGUUGUGUGUUUCACUUAAAGCAACUAAAGCUUGACGCAUUAAGACAACACACUUGUGAUGUAGAAGCAAACAUUUACUGUGCCGUUUUAACCAAUAAUAUAAUAAUUUGUGUUCCGUUUUGGCUGUGCAGUUGCAGAAGCUAGAUGUGCGUACAGUGCUCAUACUCACUCAUGCUUUCAACCACUUUAUCCAGGUCAGGGUUUGCAGUUCAUCCUGAGCCUUUCCCAGGAAUACUGGGGAAUACACCCUGGAUGGGAUAGCAGUCACACAGCACACACACACAUUCGCAUACUCAUUCAUGGGCAAUGUAGCAUAUCCAGUAACUCUAAUGGUAUGUUUGGGAGGUGGGAGGAAACCAGAGAUCCCAGAAGGAACCAAUGGGGAGAACACGCGGAACUCCGCACAGUCAGAAACUUGAGCUCAGGAUCGAACUGCUGUUCCACCAUUUCAUCCCAUACUCAUGUGCCUUACGUUUUGUUUUGAACGUACAUAUAACAACACGCCAGGUUCGCAAGCUUAAAGACUAAACCAAAUACUAGCUAGAGCUAGAGCACACUUUGAAUGGUAAACAUGGUAUGAACCAUUAUGACAAUUCUCACUUGAUGGCCAUAAUUAAUACUUGUCUACAGCUACCAACUAUCGCAUAAGCUCAGAUUGUUUUAUAUAUUUGAGCGCAUGUAAAGUCUAAAGUUGGAUAGUAAUAGCUCAAAUGAAAGGGAAUGAAUUGGUUUACUGUGAAAAUAAAUGUGUCCUUAUCUUAAGGCACUGUCAAUGUGGUACACACAACAAGCGUGUACUCCUCCAGAUCGUAUGGUGUUUAACGCAUUUUUGUAUGUGCUCGAAAUUUUGGUCAAAGCUAAGCUAUUGUGGUUAUAUGCAUGUCUGCAAGGUUAUACCAAUUUAAUAAGCAGUUAUACUGUAGCAUUCGUGGUGUCUUAAAAGCACACACUAGCACCUUUUGAACAUGGGAGAAAAUAUGUAUUCUUUUUUAUAUACUAAAGCUGUAUGCUGUUUCAUACUCUAUUUUUAGAAUGCAUCCUAAACAUUACUAGUGUAGCAAACAGUUUUACUUUAUUCCGUGUAGGUUCAAUAUAGCACCCUAGCAAUCACAGAAAUUAACGCAAAAUUAAGCAAUAUUCGCAGGAGAUUACUACGGGUUUACAUUUUUGGCAUUUGGUAGACACUCUUAUCCAGAGCGACUUACAUUUAUCUCAUUUAUACAGCUGAGAAGUCGAGGGUUAAGGGCCUUGCUCAAGGGCCCAGUAGUGGCAGCUUGGCAGUGCUGGGAUUUGAACUCGUUUCCUUUGGAGCAGUAGUCCAAUGUCUUAACCAAUAUGCCACUAAAAUAUUACUUCCCAGAUUUGGGCCAAGACACGUCAUUUGAUGUCAUCACAAUGCACACGUGUCGCACGUGAGUACAGCUAAAGCGUCUUAUUAUUAUAAUUAUCCGUCCAUAUAGGAUGUUGUGAAGGUUUUUUAAAAAAUAAUUUUUUAUUGUUGUGGCCAAAAAUACUUGAAUUGGCGAAAUUGCAAUUGCAUGUAAUUUUAUCUUUCGAAGUGUUUGUUGGUAAACAAGACCUUUUAGCUGUACUCAUAUUUGAUGCACGUGAACUGAAGAGGGCUUUGGCUGAAUGCACGUCGUAUGACGUCACAUGACGCGUCUUUACCCAAAUCUGCGGAAAUUCUGAAAAAUUGCAAGCUCCUCUGAAUAUUGUGGAGCUUGCUUGAUUUUGCAUUAAUGUCUGCGAUCGCAAAAUCUUGGAGGGACUAAAUUGUCUUUAUUAAAUAAUAUUUUCCAAUAUUGAGACUAGACUAUAUACUAUAUAUACCUAAACCUACGUAGUGUUAAUCAGGGAUGAUUAGUCAUGGAAUGUUUUUGUUGUUGUUUUGUUUUCAUUGCAUCGGAAUCCCUCAUUGUCACUAACCAGCUAUUUUUUUCCCCAGUCACCUAGCGUUCUCACCUAGCUAGCAUUUGCUAGAGUGUUGGCUGCUGCUGUCAAUGCACUCCUCAAGAUUUAUUUCAUGUUCACGUUUUACCAGGUUUCUUGUAUUGUAGGUACAUACUGCACUAGCUUCCUCUUGAUAUUUUCACAGUGCAGUGCAGAGCAGCUUGCUUUGCUUUGAUUGCCAUCAUUAAUCGUGACAUG